AUGCUAGGACGCGCCCUGCGGCAGCAGGAGGCACACGACAUGAGCGACACCGUGCAGAUCGAGCGAGAGAAUGGCAUCGCCAGAGUGACCCUCAACCGACCGGAGGUGCUGAAUGCCCUCGAUGCCGAGCUCUGCGAGGCGCUUCUCGCGGCCCUGGCCGCGCUGGAGCGCGAUUCCGAGACCCGCGUCCUGGUGCUGCGCGGCGCGGGCGGGCACUUCAUGGCGGGCGGCGACCUGCGCUCCUUCUACGAGCUGAUCAAGCUCACGCCGGAUGAGCGCCGGCAGCACUUCGAGGGGUUCAUCGAUGUGGUCCACCGCAUCAUCCGAAUCAUGCGGCGGAUGCCGCAGCCGGUCAUCGCCAGCAUCGCCGGCGCCACCGGCGGCUUCGGGCUGAGCCUGGUUCUCGCCGCCGACCUCGCGGUCUGCGCCGCGGACAGCAUCUUCACCAUGGCCUAUUGCCGCAUCGGCACGAGCCCGGACGGCUCGUCGACCUGGUUUCUGCCGCGCACGGUGGGCGCCAAGAAGGCGAUGGAGCUUGCGCUCCUCGGGGAUCGCUUCGGCGCGCGCGAGGCCGAACGGCUCGGCAUCGUGAACCGCGUCGUCUCGCCGCACCGGCUCGAGGAAGAAACGAGGCGCUGGCCCGCCGGCUUGCCUCGGGCCCCGCCCGCGCCUACGCCAACACCAAGCGGCUGCUCGGCAAUUCGGGCCAUGCCUCCCUCGAACAGCAGCUCCAGGCGGAGGGCGAAAUCGGGGCAAGGGAUUGGCCACGCGACCGCCGUCGCAUUCCACAACGAAGGCGCCGAGCUCUGGGCGACCGACAUCGACGAGGCCAAGCUCGCCGGCCUCGCCACGUUGGAGGGCGUCACCUGCCGGGCGCUCGACGUCCGCGAUGCCGGUGCCGUGGCAGCCGCGGCUGAUGAGAUCGGCGCGCUCGAUGUGCUCUUCAACUGCGCCGGCCGCGUGCCCCACGGCGCGCUCCUCGACUGCGAGCCCGAGGACUGGGAGGAGACGCUGAGCCUCAACGUGACCGCGAUGUACCGGAUGAUCCGCGCCUUCCUGCCGGCGAUGCUGGCCCAGGGCGGCGGCUCGAUCAUCAACAUGGCGUCGGUGGUCUCAUCGGUGAAGGCCGCGCCCGACCGCUGCGCCUACGGCGCCAGCAAGGCCGCCGUCAUCGGCCUCACCAAGCGGCACGCGAGGACUUGCUCGCGCGCCACCAAAUGGGGACGCAUGGCAUCGCCGUCGGAGAUCGCGGCGCUCUGCGCCUAUCUCGGCUCGGACGAGUCGGCGUUCGUGACCGGCCAGGCACUGGUCAUCGACGGCGCCUGGGGCCUGUGA